AGCGACAGUACAGCAUGAAGCAAUGAUGAUAAAUUAAAUUCUUCCAACAUUUCCCUCUCCUCAACACAUGUUAACUUCUUCUCUUUGGAACACACACACUUGGAUGCACACACACCCAGAGACUCACUACCGAGUACUGUAUUCUCAAAGGCUUAUCUGUAAGUAUUUCCCAGCAUCCUUGUCCCAGAAGCUGUGCUCUGCCCACUCUGUUGCAGCAUGAAGAGUUAUGGAGGAGCGUUAACAGGUUUUCUUUGUCUUUCCUUUCACCCUACUCUGCCGCAGGCUUCACUUCUGAUUGUAAAAUCAACCUGUGGCCGAGCCCAUUCCCUGGGUAACUGUAUCCUUUAUCACAACACCAGCUAAAAAAAAAAAGAAAUAAGUAAAAAUAUGCUCGGAGGCAACGUCAGUUUCAAAUCCGUAUUUCGCCACCAAAAGACAAAAAGGAUGAGGACGAGGAUGAUCCAGUCAGUGUGAGACAUUCACCAAGCUGAAGUUGGAUUAGCAUGGCUCUUGUCUUUAGUCUUUAGCUAGUUCAUAGAGAUCAUGAAUUUUUCCACACUAAAGUAACCUUAGGCUAGGAUGCUAAAACAGGCCAUAGAUUUGAAUGGGACCUGGUAGCAGUAUAACCCACAUACUCACCAGUGCAGGUGUCCUCUCCAUGGGGCCAGGUAGUCACUAAUUCACUUUCUUUGUCGUUCCUAAUGAAUUGUUAAUUGGUUUGCAUCACCCACUGAGCUGUGGAAAACAGGUGCCAUGUGCUGCUGCGGAUCAGGGCCAAUGUCACCGGCUGACCUCUCUGUGAAGGAUGCUACCUACAUUUACCAGACCAAAUGAUGUGUCACAACAGGUUAAAUCCUAAAUGGAAAAAGUAAUUGUUUUUUGUUUUUUUUAUAUGCACAGUGAAAAAACUGCACAUUUUCUGAUUCAGAACCUACACUGAAGUGUUUGUUUUAUUUAUUGACAGAGCAUUGUGAGACUGACCUUUGCACAUGUUGCUAUCGGCCUGCUGUUAGCUGCUUAAGAUUUUUAAGCAGGUCCUGCUUUGUUUAAAAGCAUCAAUUUGAUUUUUCUGGCAUUUUAAAAUUGAUGUGUUCUUUUAGACGAGUUCUAAAAGUCAACAGCUGUGAAUGAAUCAGUGUUUACUCUAAUGGUGUCUCCUCCCCUGCAGGUGGUUGCUCUGAACAAGCGCAGUAAGGAGGCAGAGUCUGCCUUUCUUGGAAUCUACAAACAGCUUAUCGAGGCCCCAGACCCAGCUCCUGUGCUGGAGGCCUCCCACACCCUGGAGGAAAGGCUGCAGCAUCUUCACAGUUCAGCCCCAGAAGGUGAGGCCCUAGUACGAGAGAUCAGCAGGCACUGGAAGAAACACCUGGAGUGCCUUAAAAAGACAGAGCCCACUGAGGAGGGCCCAGCAGUGACCAGUAAGGACCCACGUUCCAGUUCUCCAGCCUCUCUGAUGACCCCUAACAAUACACCAGUUCCUGGGGGCCCAGGCUCCCCACAACCCAAAUACCAGGACCAAGCAGAGAACCGAGGGGAGGAGGAGGAGAAGGAGGAGGGCACUGAUGUGUGUUUGGCUGAUAGACUAUCAGAGGCCGAGGAGAAGAUCAAGGUCCUUCAUUCCUCUUUGGACACUGCACAGACUGAGCUGCUGGACCUGUGGUGUAAAUACAACAAGGAGAUGACCAAGAAGGAGACAGAGCUUGACACCAUUAUGGCGAGUCUGGAGAAAGCCAACCAGAGAGCAGAACUGGCUCAGAAGGAGGUGAAGAGGCUAAAGGAGCAGAUAGCCAAAGGUCAGAAUGCCACCACAGGCAACUCUCAUCCAGCAGAGGGCACCAGCAGGGAGAAGAAGGAGAAAGGCGAGAUGUUGCCCUCACAGUUGGAGGCUGUCCUGCUGGCCAAGGACCGUGAAAUCCUCCGUCUCCUAGAAAACAUUCAGCGGCUGCAGUUCACGCUGCAGGAGGUCCAGGAGACGUCGUCCAAUCAAAUCCUGGAGCUGGAGCGCCAGUUGGCGUACAAGAAAGAAGCGAUCGAGAGAUUAGAGGCUAAACUGCAAUCCCAGAUUGACUAUGAAGAGAUUAAAACUGAGCUCAGUAUCCUUAAGGUAAUGAAGAUGGCUUCAGAUAAUGGAGGCUCAUCACAGGAGUCUGCCAAGGCUAUGGAGGCUCUCCUGGAUAAAGAGGCGUUUCUCCCUUCUCACAGUAUACCUGGUAUACAAUACCUGGUGGAUAAGGCUCAACUUUUGCACAGCACUGACGACGACCAGUCUGAUGAUGCAGGAAGAGAGACAGGCAGACUGCUCGGAUCCCACACGUCCUCCUCUCAGGUGGAUGUCCGGGGAUCACCCAGCCCAAGACCACCCACCCUGGACGGUUCGUCCUCCUCCAGCUAUGACUUGGCCCGUCCAUUCUCUGUGUCUCCGUGCUCCAUGGACCGACAGUCAGCAGACCACGUUCUUCACAAGCAGCUUCUUUCCCCACACUUUCAAAAAGAAAGCCUUAUGGCUUUUCCCACAGCCCUGUAUGCAGCUAAAGUUGCCCUGAUGUCAGCCACUCAUAGCUCUGUUAAGGAACAGCUGCUGAAACAUAACAUUGGCCAGCGUGUGUUUGGUCACUAUGUGCUGGGCCUGUCACAGGGAUCAGUCAGUGAGAUCUUAGCCAGACCAAAACCCUGGAGGAAGCUGACGGUGAAAGGAAAAGAGCCUUUUAUCAAAAUGAAGCAGUUCCUCUCUGACGAGCAGAACAUUCUGGCACUUAGGACCAUCCAGGUCCGACAGAGAGGGAGCAUCACUCCACGCAUCCGAACUCCUGAAACUGGGUCAGACAAUGCCAUCAGGAAUAUCCUGGAGCAGACCAAGAAGGAGAUUCAGUCCCAGAGAGGAGGUGAUGGGAAUUCGUCUCUGAGCAGCUCUUCAGGCAGAAGCAGUAAUGGAGCUUGGAGCAGCUCAGAUGAAACCAUAAAGAAUAUUCUAGAACAGGCCAGGAGGGAGAUGGAGGCCCAGCAGCAUGCCCUGAUGGAGAUGGAAGCUUGUGGAAGAGCUUCCGCUGCCAGCUCAGGAGCACAAGUGGAACGUCUUGGGCCUCCAGAGCGCACCAGGGGCCUGCCUUUACCCAUCUCUAUCAAACAGGAGGAAGGGGGCUGUGUCACUGUGUGCAUGGCCAACUCCAUCAGCAGCCCCCAGACUCCACUCAGUGUGCUGUCACCUGCAGCCUUUGUCCAGAACAUCAUUCGUAAAGUCAAGUCAGAGAUUGGUGAAGCUGGCACCUACUUUGAUCAGCACUUGUCACAGGAGCGGGGCUCCAUGGCCUUUAGUGCUGGAGGUAGUUCUCAUCCCUUGACUUCUGUCUCUCCAUCCUUGUCCUCCUCCUCUUCUGGGCCUCCUACGUUGUCGCGACCGUGGCCUCGUCUGGAGAAUGGUGAGUGUCUCCCCAACAGUGAAGAGGCCUCUGCAGCAGAGGAUGAACUGGGCAGACCAGUGGAGGUGAAGGUGGAGUCAGACACUUCAGUAAGCGGCGAGUCUUCAGGACCUGGUGCAGGAUGUCUGUUCUACUACCCGGCAUACAUCCCACGUGCCCUUAAACCUACUGUACCACCUUUGACCCCAGAGCAGUAUGAGAUGUACAUGUACAGAGAGGUGGACACCAUUGAGUUGACCCAGCAGGUGAAGGAGAAGCUAACCAAAAAUGGCAUCUGCCAGAGGAUCUUUGGAGAAAAGGUCCUGGGUCUUUCUCAGGGCAGUGUAAGUGACAUGUUAUCUCGGCCCAAACCUUGGAGCAAACUGACCCAGAAAGGCAGAGAGCCCUUCAUUCGCAUGCAGCUGUGGUUACUGGACCAGCUGAGCCAAAGCCUCAACCCACCCCAGAGUCAGGGCCAUACUCAGGACAAAAGCCCAGUGACGGCCCAUUCUUCACCCUUCCCGCUGCCCAGUCCAGCAGCAGGUCAUCCAAGUCCUCUGGUGGAACCUGUGGGUCUGUCCCUGGAAAGCAGCAAAGAGAACCAGCAACCUGAGAGCCUGGCCCUGGGUCUGGGCCUGACUCUGGGUCUGCCCUCUCACCCAGAGGGAGGAGGAAAAUCCACCCCUGCACUGCACAUAGCUUUGCAUCAGCCCACAAACCUGCUGGGUAUCCAAGAGCUGGUGGCCAUGUCUCCAGAGCUGGACACUUAUGCCAUCACCAAGAAGGUGAAGGAGGUGCUAACAGACAACAACCUCGGUCAGAGACUUUUCGGGGAAACCAUCCUGGGUCUGACACAAGGUUCUGUGUCAGACCUGCUCUCCAGACCCAAACCCUGGCACAAGCUCAGCCUAAAAGGCAGAGGACCAUUUGUACGUAUGCAGCUGUGGCUCAAUGAUCUCAAUGAUCCUCACAAUGUAGACAAGCUGAGAGCCAUCAAGAAGAUAGAGAAGAAAGAUAUCACUGUCUUCCCUCCAGCCUAUCUGAAGAGGCGAUACGGGCUGCUCAGCAGCAGCUCAGACAGUGACUCACCCAGCACUCGAUCUGAGUGUGUGAGUCCGAACUUGGUCUCCCUGGACCUGUGUCCGUACAGCCAUGUGAAGAAGCCCAGGGUGGUGCUGGGAGCAGAGGAGAAGGAUGCACUGAGAAAGGCCUACCUGCUGGAGCCCUACCCUUCACAGAACACCAUUGAGAUGCUGGCCUCCCAACUCGACCUCAAAACCAAUACGGUCAUCAACUGGUUCCACAACUACAGGCCAGUCCACUUAACUUUUAUCUGCCGUUUUUCAUUUGUGUGCAGGUCCAGGAUGCAAAGGGAAGUGCUGAUGGGGCGUCUGCCGGGAAAUGACACAGAUGCUGGGCACUACAGCUACCUGCCAUCAGUGACACGGAGCCCAAACUCUGACGGAGAGGACAGGAAGCUGCAGAAGCUCUCAGGACACAACACCGCGCUGCCUCAUGUCAAACAGGAGGCGUUGGGGGAGCACAAGGAGGAGGAGAAGGAGGACUCUGUGACAGAACCAAAAGUUCAGUGUUUUUCUAUGGCAGUUCAAUUCCCACAGCUGAAAAGUGAACACCAGGACUCUGACUCUGGCUGCCUUGAACCUCACUUGAUUGGCAAGAGGGACGAGGAAUCAACCAGCCAAGCUCAAGGGUUCCACUCCGGCUCAGGUUCCACUGAGGGACUACAAAGAGGCAGCCACUCCAGGCCUAAGGGUGAAGACUCUGGGAAGUCCCCCUUUGACCCGAUCAGCUUCAAGUCCUCGUCGGAGCCCUGCCGCAGCAGCCUGGAGGUCUCCCUGAAUUCCCCCUCUGCAGCUUCCUCACCUGGCCUCAUGAUGUCAGUCUCCCCCGUCCCUUCUUCCUCUGCUCCCAUAUCACCCUCACUGCCCAACAGACCCUCAACCAGCACCAUUCACAGCCUUGACCCCAACCAGAUCCCUCCCUUCCAAAGCCCCAAAGUCAACCGAAGCACUCAGAGACGCAAUGAGAAAAUGGCCAAUCUCAAUAACAUCAUCCACAGGCUAGAGAGAGCUGCCAAUCGAGAGGAAACACUGGAAUGGGAGUUUUAAGCCCCCCGCCCGUGCUUGUAUGUAGUAUGAUGACACUCCCAAAGGUGGAGGCUUAGAUAAAAUCUUCUUCGAGACUGUAUGAGACAAAAUUCCUGUCCUCUCAGACUAAUAACUGUCACUGGAAACAGGAACAUGGAGCUAAACUCCCUCCAUAAACAAAACAAAAAAGAAGGCGGGGAUAAAUUGUUUAUAAAUGUGUUUUUCUUUUUGAUAAUGCAUACUACUUUGAAAUAUGUAUAUGUUACAGCCUUAGCUGUUGUUUUACCUUUUGGCAUGACAUGAAGACUUUUGCAGCAGCUAUGGUGUCAUUAAAUGUACACUGAAGUUCUGUAGAUUUGCCACUGGGUGAGAUUAAAAAGACCCCUGUCUUAAGCUAUUAAAAGCACUAUAACUAUUUAAAAAAAGGUGACACUGACCAAAUUUGCUACUUUUUUAAUAGCAAUUUUUCAGAUUUUGUCUGUGAGACUGGACAGUGUAGGUCAAGUAACAUGAAGUCCUAUUGCUGACAGAGGGAUAGUCCUUUAAGACUCUAAAUACUCAACACCUUGUAUUUGCUUUCUUGGUGAUAUGUUUAAAAAAAAAUCUUUGUAACGCACACGUAUAAAAUGUGGUUGUAUAUGUUGUAGAGUUGUCUGCAAUAGCCUUCUCUGAACCUGAUGUAGCAUGGUACUCACCUGACCCUCUUAUCCUCUGUAGUUAGUCAUCUGUGAUUAUA